AUGGUGGACGCUCUAGGUGUUGUGUUGGGCAGCAGUUUGACUGUAAUGCUCGGAGCCACUGCCCUCUAUAUCCUGAUACGUUGGUAUCAGAGUGGACGUUGCUGCCAAGGUAAGUAAUAACCAGUAACGAUGGAGAAGGUUUACUGGGUUAAAGAAUAAUCAAAAUGGAUUUUUGGACAGCUUGAAAAACAGGAAGGAUUUAUUACAGAAAAAAAAAAGACUAAAUAAAAUGUAUAAUUUGCUCAGAAAGAAGGAAGUAUAUCCUUAAAGACAUCAACUGGGUUGUGAGUUUCAGAAGAAGAAACAGAAAUUAACAGGGGAGGUUGUUUUAACCCCUUUUUUAUUAUCCCACCCUAUGAAAGUAUCACAUUUAUUGACAGCUUAACACCACCCACUCUUUACAAGCCUGCUGUCAAUAAAGGAGUCUUAAAUGAGUGAUUGCCGACUAUGCAGAAUGAUUUUUAUUUGCAGUCAAAAUCUCCUCUGUUUCUUGCUCAUUAAACUUUUUGAAUGAACCUAAUUUUUUCAACUUUUGGUCCCAAUUGCCAGAUAGGAAAAUUCUCUAAGUUAUUAUUUUUUUCCCGCUAUUAAGAACUUUCACUUUAAAUUCACUUAGAAUUCCCGUCAGUUCACAGAUUAGUAAAUAACCCUGACACAGUCAAAAUGUGCUUUCACAGCUUAUUUCCUUUUUAACAACUUUUGAGAAUAACAACACACAUAAUGAAACAAGCAUCACUUAGAGGGACCUUUAUUGUAAUCAAUAACAAAUCAUUUAGACUUGUUUAAUAACUUAGAAGUAGGAACUGUAGUGUUGGAUGUAGGUGAAAAAAAAUAUUAAUAUGAAAAGUGACAUUGAUCCCCCCCCUCCCUUGGGUUAGGGAAGAGCAAAUACGAAUCCCUGGAGGUCCAGUGAUAGCAUCAUAUGGUCUGCAUCAUUGGUGGGUGCAGACCACUUGCAUUGCUUCUUCCAGUGACAACUCUUGGGCUUUGAUCUCAUAAUCUGUCAUGCCAUCCCUUUCCUACGUACCAACCUGAGGUUAUGACCUCAGUGGCCUUGUGCGGCAUCCAGCUUUGUAUAUUUGUCACCAAUCAAAAAUGAGAUUAAGUAGACCAACUUCAGUGUAAGUUCCUCUUUAAAUCGACUGCGGGUAGACAAGUCUAUUUCAAGCUGCAAUUAGGUUAUUCUCAAUUCACAACAAACAAAACAUCAGUGUGUGAUAAACAGAGACUUAAUUGGUACAAUGAUCUGCAUGACAUGGAAGAGGCAGGGAAUUGUGAAAAUAACAAUGUACGCACAGUAAUUAGUUGGUGAAUAUUGUAAUAAUAAACCAAGUGGUGAUAUAACAAUAAUAAAAUAUUUGCGAAACAUGUGACAAAGGUUAAUCAACAAGUGAGGUUAAAUAUAUUUAUUUUGUCAGUAUGAAGUGUAAAGUUAAAUAGCAUAAGUACAAUAUUCAUUAAUUAAAUCAAUUUUUUGUAACUUUGAUUUAACAAGCAUAGCAGUAUUUAAAAAAUAAAUAAAAUUCAAUGUAAACAGGUAAAUAUUUUUACGUACGUUUUGCAAAAACAACAUCAAAAUAUUGAAUAAGCUUACAUAACCUGAAAUCUUUACUUGUGUAAACCUGAUCAAUGGCAUUUUGCCAAAAAAAAGCAGUAAACAUUUACCUUAGGCUCUGCGUUAACAUACGAUCAGCCAAGAAUCAGAUUUAUGGGAACCUUAACGUAUUUGACAGUGGUAAGCACCAUAGCUCCUUUGUUCAAAAAUGUCUGUUGUAAAUAUACAUGUCACUUGUGAAAAUACAUGUGUGCAGAAAUAUGUAUUGUAUGUGUGUAAUCAUACUUGCAAAUCUCCUCUGCACAUCUUCUAGGCAAUGCUAUAUUUUGCAAUUAAAAUGUAUUUUACUGGAAUUUGCAUAAUCAAUUUUAUAUCAUGCUCUGUUAAAAGCAUGCUAAAGCCUGGAUGAGCCUUCUGUGUGUGAUUGAAGGUCAAUUAAUAGAGCGGGAGAUAAAACUUUAAAGAAAAACACACUGUGCUGUAAGAUCUGAUUAUAAAUGCAACCGUUUUUUCACUUAAGUGGAUAACCACGUACAUGUAUGAAAAGGACACUGUAAGCCCCAAAACAACUUUCGCUUAAUGAAGUUUUUAGUUCUAGAUCAUGCCCUUGCUGUCUCACUGCUCAGUUCUCUAGAAUCUAGUAGUUAAAUCAAUUUUGUUGUUGUUUAUACAACCCUUGACACAUCUUCACUGGCUGUGACUCACACAGUCUCCAUGAAAAAAUGCUUGCAUUUAUAAUCAGAUCUUACUGCACAGUGUGUUUUCUUUCAAAGUUUAUAUAUAGAUAUAGAUAUAGAUAUAUAUAUAUAUAUAUAUGUAUAUAUAUCGUUAUAUAUACAUAUAUAUAUAUAUAUAAAAUAUGAAUUUGUACUAUUUACUACUAAACUGGCUUUAUUGUAAUUAAUUCUCUUUCUGAUUUACAUCCUAGAAACCAGUUUUGUUUUCAAUCUAUACAGCAUUCGGUAAGUGAUUGGAGCAUGUACUUGAUAGCUUGAUAGUGUAUAUCAAAAUGUAAUUUUAGUGUAUAAAUGUUCAUUUAUUCCUAUAUUUAACAAAUAUGUAUUUAUGAGGUACAAAAAAUUUAAUUGCAUUUACAUUUAGAAAUCCACACCUCCAUCUUUAUCCUGUAAAUAGUGCUUCCAAGAUUAAGCUCCCUGCCAGUGAUUGUUAUAAACUUUGUCCUAUGUACCUGGCAGCCAUCAUAGAAAAAGCAUACAGAGAAGAGGACACAUGAAAAAAUGUGUCCAUGUCUCAUCCUUAUUUGCAAUGUGUGCCUUGGCUGUGCCUGGAUUGAACUCGUUACUAUGGAAUUUACAAAAUCUUUAACAUAAAUUUAAAAGAAAUUAGAGCAUCACUUAAAGAAAAGGUUAACACAAACUGGAGGUUAUUUUCAAUAAAUUAUAUAAUGGUGUAAUUUCCAGAGAUGUGACAGUUCCCAUUUUAUGGUUAUGUCAGUGAUCAUGUUUUUACUUUAUUAGCUUUAAUCCUCCUUUCAUUCUCAUGAACUGUUUCCUCCUGUGGAAAUAACAAUAGUAAAAUUUUGUAUAUAUUGUGUAUUAAUAUUGUUUUUGUAUUUUGUUGUAUCCUAAUGUAACAAUGCAAUGAUUUGUGGACCCAGGACAUACUUGAAAACGAGAGAAAUCUCAAUGUAUCCUUCCUGGUAAAAUAUUUUUUAAAUAAAUAAAAUAAAUAAAUAGUAAGAAACCCGGGGCAGCUAUCCAGUAGAACUUCAAAACCUCAACCUCCCUUUCUGAUUUGUGACUUCUCUCUUCUUGUGUCUUCUCCAUCUCUUCGUAGGCAGCUGAAAUCUAUGGAUAUGGAAUUAGCACCUCCAUUUACAGUCAGUGGUACCAUGAAAAAUCAAUGUCCUACGACUAGAUACAAUUAUGAGUUGUUCCAUGAAGAUGAUGUGUGA